AUGAUAAAAUAAACCUUAAAAUAUGGUUAAAUAGUAAGAAUUCAUUUAAAUAGUAAGGAAGAAAAUGGUAUAAUAGUUGCCAAAGGGUAUAAUUAUCUUAAUUUUAUCUAGAUUUCUUGAUCCAGAUGCAUAUUACAUGUAAAUUGACGAUCUUAGAAAAGCAAAUAAUUUUAGAGAUUCUCUUUUUACAAUACUUCCAAGAGGUACUUUUGAAUUACAUGAUGAAUAUCUGAAAGAAAAAAAAAAUUAAACUGUAGAUGCUUUGAAAAGUAGAGUUUAAACUGAAGCUUCACAAUAUUACACAACAAUAUAAUCAAGAAUGCAUGAAGAAAUAUUAUUUGGAGCAGAAGUAGUGUUUAAACAUUAAGAUUCAGAAAGAUAUUUAUUUGGCUCUUAUGUUUGUUCUGAAGUAGCUAUGGACGCUUUUAAAUUAAAAUUAUCUCCACAAUUAAGUUCUCAUACUAUAUUUAAAUUGGCUCCUUAUUAAACAUAUUAAAAAGAAGGUCAAAUCAUAUAAAUUGAUGAACCUUUAAUUAUUGUUCAUGAGAAAACUUAAUGUAAAUUAGAUUAUGAGAAAUGUCCCAUGUUUCUGGAUCUUCAAAUGAUUAAUAAUGGAAUUAAUUCCACUAAAACAGAAUCUUUCAACAAAACAUUUAAAAAACCAAUUAAUACUAGAGAUGAAGCUGUAGUCUCUUUAAAUAGCGACAGAUAAUGGAAAUUUUAAUUACAUGAAUAAAAUGGUAAAAUUAUCCCUAAUGAUCUAUGUUUCUUUAUUUUUUCGUAAGAUGGAUCAUAUUUAACUUCAGAUGGUCGAAGAUUGAUACUCUAAGAAUAUAAAGAUAAUGAAUAUAUUCCACUUGAUUGUGUUUGGGAAUUAUCAUUAUAUGAAAAUAAAUAUGUAAUCAGAUCUUAAAUAUCAGGUUCUGUUAUCAAUUCAAAUGGCUUUCUUUCAUAAUAUCAAAUGCAAGAUGAUCAACAUUUAUAAAUAGAACCUGCUAAAUAAGGAACAAAUGAAGUAUCAUUCAAUAUGUUUGUCAAAAUUAAAUUUGACAAUAAAGAAUUAUAAAAAUCAAAUAUUCAAAGAAGUAAAACAAAAAAAUUAACAAUCACUUAAUCUGAGAUUGAAUAGUAUUAAAAAUUAUUAGGAUAAGAAGAUUUAGAUUAUGUUUAAUAUAAUGUAGAUUUCUUAUCUACUAAUUCAGUUCAUGGAUUUUAAAUAAAAAGACUUAAUGAUGAUUAAAAAAAAGAUUUACUCUUAAUUACAUCAUCUCAUGAAAUACUUAAAUAAUUUAUAGAUUCUUUAUAAUUAGAAGAUUGUAAAUAAAUUGAAUCGAUUAUUAAUGAAAAGAUCUUAACUCAAGUUCUUAAAGUUAUUUAAAAGUUGAUUGCUUAUCUUCUAAAUUGCGAAUACAUUCAUAUUGAUAAGUGUGAAAAUCUCCCCAUCUAUUCUAGAUAGUUAUUUAUGAAAGAUUUAAAGAUGGUUGAAAUUAUUAUUUAAAUUAUCUUUUACUUUUGGGAAAAGCAUAAAACUAUGAGUUUAUUCUUACAUAAAAAUUAUGAAAAAGAUAAAUUAAGAUAAAUUUGUAUAUACUCAUACAUUUUAAUUGAAAAGAUGGCUCGCAAUAAUUCAUUAGUCAAAUUAUAUAUAUCACAAUGGCUCAAGUUUUUCUUAAUGUAAGCAAUUGAAAUUGAUGAUGAAUAAAUUUAAAUUUCAUUAACUGAACUCUUAAAUGAUAAUUAUUAUUCAAUUAAUAAAUUUAUCUAAGAAGAAACCUUUAAAGGUUUAGUUUCCACUAUUAGUACUAAAAAAAAUGUUCAUGAAAAACAUUUAAGAAUUUUCAGUUCUAUUAUUAUUUGUGAAGGAAAACCAAUUAUAAAAAAUUAAAUUGAACUUCUUAACAAAUUUUUUAAACCUUAAAGUUCUGAAAAGAAUUAUUAUUUAUUUAAAUUUUUAUUCAAAGAAGAAGGUUAAAAAAUUAAAGUUUAACAUCUAAAUAAAUAAUGGUUUACUUUAAAAGAAUACCAUGAUUUGAGUUAAUAGUAAGAUUAUUUAUAAACUUGGAAUUACUUCCUAGCUUAUAUUAACUUAUUAUCAGAUAUUUGCUAAAAUAGAAAUAAAUAAGGAACUAAUUAUGUUUGUGAGUUUUAUUAAUUAUCUGUUUUAUGUUCAAUAUUAGAAGAUCCUGAAACAGAUUAAAUUAACGCUAUUGAUCCUUUUCUAAAAUUAAUUCAUUCUGCCUUUAUUGAUUGUUCACGAUUUGCACCAAUUAGACGUAUAGCUAGAGUUAGAGAAUGGGCUAAAAUUGAAUAAAAGAUUGAUAUUAUUAAAACUAAAACGGAAAUUAAUCCUGAUUAAAAAAGAGUCCUAUCUUUUAUAUAAGAUUUCAUUACUAAAAAAUUUAAACAGAAGGAAAAAGAAAAAUAGUAUUUUAAAACUUUAUACACAGUUCUUUAAGUUCUUAAAACUACUAUUCGAUUAGGAUAUUGGCAGAAAAUAGAUGAUUUAAAAAAUUUAUUGGAUCCAUUAUUUAAAAUUAUUACUUUUAGAUAAAAUUAAUUCGAAAAAAAAGAUUAGUAAUUACAUAAUAAUGAAAAUAAUUAAAUUUAAAAUAUUAAACAAUCUCAAAAUAAUCAUUAUCAAUCUCAUAAAAAGAGAUUUAUUGAAACUAAUACUGAAAAUAUGAUUAUUUUAAAAUGUAAGUAAAUGUCUUGUGAGAUUUUAGAUAUAAUCAUAGACAUGGAAACUAAUGUUAGAGUUAGUAUUAGUACUAUAAAUUUAAAAACUAUGUUUAAAGAAGAAGAUAAUAAAAUUAACAAUUUUGAUAUAAAAUCUACUUAACUAUUAAAAGAAGAUCAAAUACAAUAACAAAUGAAAAAUAAAAUUAGACGAUUAAGUGCAAAAGAACUACAUGAUAAUAAAAUUGAAAAGUGGAAAUUAAUGUUUUCUGAUUUAAUAAAUACUAGAGAUUUAUUUGGAAGAUUCUCCAAAGACAUUAUUUCUAAAUUUGCAGAAUUAUCAAAGUAUGAUAAUGAAAUUCUAUAAACUUAUUCAAUUAAAUUGCUCAAGAGAAUUUAUGGAUACAGAACAGAAUUAAUUGAUAACUUUGAUAAGACUCUUAUAGUAAAUGAAGGAUUUACUCAUAAACUUUCAGAAGAUAGCAGAAAAACAAGAACAAAAUUGCUUUCCUUUAAUGAUUUUAAUAUACUCAAUCUUAAUCUUAAAAAUUAAAGUGAAUACAAUAUUUAUUUGUGGGUUGAAUAGAAUGAUAUCAAAGAAAAGGGAACAGGAGUUAUAUAAGAUUUAUGUUGGUUAAUUGAAUGCUUAAAAUCAGGAGAUUAAGUAUUAUAAAGUAAUGUUAAAGUCUCUUAUGAUGAAUUCUAUGCUGAAAACAGAUUAUAAUAAGUAUAUUCGGAAAAAGAAUAAAACUUCAAAUUACAUCAAAGUUUAAUUAAAUGUCAAGAUUUACAUGAAAAUAUUUUGGCAUUUAUUAAUAUUGCUUCUAAAAUGGUCAAUGAAGUUUAAGAGGUUUCAUCAUAAUUAGAAGCAGAAAAAAAUAAUUAAUAAAGUUAAUAAAAUAAUUCUGAUGAUAAAUUAAUAAUGAAGACAUUAUAUGUGUGUUUCUAAUUUCUUACCAUGUUGCUUUGGAAUCAUCAUGAAAAUAAAUAAGACUAAGAUUUCAUUCGAAUUAUUCCAAAUUUAAAUUAAUAUAUAAAAUACAAUCUUUAUUGUAUUUAAUUCUUAAGAGAAUUAUUUCAGAAUAAUAAAUCAUUAUUGUUUAAUGAGACUAAAGUAACUUAGAUAAUUAAUGAAGUUGUCAAAUAAUGUGAUGCAUUAAACUUUGAUUAGUAUUAUAAAUCUUAAUUAAUUGAUUUUCUUCGAGUUUUGACAAUUUAUAACAAUAAAUCAAUUAAGUCUAACUAGAAUUUAAUUAUGGCUGCAAUGCAAAACAGAAAUUACUAAAAAAUUAUGAUAUUAUUUGAUAAUAAAGAAUCAUUGUUUGAUGAAAUUGAUAAAUUAAUUGAUGAAUAUUAAAUAUAAUAUUUUAAGGUCUUAAAAAACAACAAUAAAAAGGAUGAAAAUUAAUUUAUUAACAUUAAUCCAGAGUUAACUUAUCUUUUUAAUUAUUUUUAAUUACUAGUUUUACUUAUAUCCAAUAAGAAUGAAAUAAAUUUAGGAAAAUGUAAAUAAAUGCAUUCUCAUUUAAAAUUGAUCAAACUCUAUUAACGAACAGGUUAAUGUUGGCCUUUAAAGAGAUACCUAAGAGCAUACAUAAAUAAACUAUAUUAUGAACAUAACAAUGAUUUCAUUGGAAUAUGCUAAAAUCUUAUUGAGAUUGAUUUAGAAAACAUUCUAAAUGAUUUAAAAGAUAUUUUAGAAUUAAGAGAGGUAGAAUGUGAUUACUAAAAAAUUAAAUUAAGUAAUCCAACUAGAUUUUCUUAUUUAUGUUCUUAUUUUUUUAUGACUUUAGAAGAAAAUUUAGUAUCUUUAAAUUUUAUUUUUGAUUAAUUAUAUUUUUUUGAUGAAUUAGAAGAUACAUUAAAAUUAAAUUUAAAAAAAUAAGAACCCGUAUUAAAAUAACAUUGCUUAUUAUUAGAAUUUGGAAAUAUUCUAUUAAAAAUUGAACAUUUAUGGUACCAAUCAGAAAUAAUUUCAAAUUUAAUAAAAGUUCUUAUGGUUGUAUUUUGCAACAUUUAUAAAACUUUUGAUUUACACAUAUUAAUAUUAAGAGAUGUAUUAUCAAAUCCAAAACCCUUUACAAAUGUAAUCAUCUAAACAACAUGUACACUUAAAAAGUGUUUAAAUGGCAAAGAAUAAAUAAUUUAACAAGAUAUUAUCAAAUAAACACCUGAAAUUAAUUAAUCAACUAUUUUAUCAUAAAAAUAUUAAGAUUUGUAAUAAAAAUGGCAAGAAAUCUAUAAUGGAAAAUUAGAAAAGAAUAGUAAUGAUUAUAAUGAUCAAUUAAAGGAUAUUCUAAUAAAUUAAGUAUACGAUUUUGACAACAUUGAUAAUUAAAUAAGAUACUUAAAGUAAAAUAAUUAAUAAGAUGCAUCAAAUAAAAAGAAAAAAUUAAAGAGAAAAUAUGAAGAUACAACAAAAAUAAAUAUGAAAUUAAAUUAAAGAUAUAGAAAUUUAAUGGAAAUUUUCUUAACAGAUAAAACAAUUAAUGUUUUUUUAGAAGAAGAAUUUAAUUCUUUUUGUACUGAUUUAGAAUAAAUAAAAUAUCCAGACAAGUUACCUCUUUAACCUCCUAUUACUUUAAAGGAAUUUAUAUAAAAUAUUAUUCAUUUAAAUCUAAAUCAUUACGAUACUUUAAGUUAAGAUAUUUAAAUCUUUUUUCUAAAAGCAUUAGAAAAAAUUAUCAGAAAAAGUGAAUAGGAAGAUAAUCCAGAACUACAAAAUAAAAUGGUCAAAUAAUAAUAAAACUUUUUAUUGGAAUGUGGUGCUGCUGAAUUAAUUUGUAAAUUUCUUCGCAUUCCUAAUCUUGAAUUAAGAUAAGCAUUAACAAAUUCAUUAAUAUCAUUCGGAAAUGCUUUUCUAGAAAGAGGAAACGCAAAAUGCUAAAAUGAAAUAUAUUAAAAAUUAUUGGAUGAUUCUAAAAAUAAAAUUUUAAUGAAUUAUAGAUAGUUAAUUAGAAGAGUGAGUAGAGCUGUUUAUAAUAAUUUUAAAUUUCGAAAAAGCAAACCACAUAAAAGUUUUACAAAUAUUGAAUUAUGUGAUACUUUUGAUUUUUUUGAUGAUGAAACUUCAACUAUGUUAAGGUUGAAUCAUAUAGAAAAAGAUGAUGUAAAAGAAGAGAAUAUCAAGGAAGAAUUUAUAAAUUUAUUAAAUAGAUCUUUUAGAUUUUUGUAAUUAUUAUGUGAAAAUAAUAAUGUAAAAAUGAAAAACUUUAUAAGAUAAUAAAUAGAUCCAGAUCUUAAUCCAAAAAUAGGAUCAAUCAAUUUUAUAGAACUUGCAACUUCAUAACUAAGAGUAUUCUGUAAAGCAUUCAAUUCAAAAAUAAGUGAAGUACCAAUUUACAUAUUGGAUUUUAUAUUAGAAGUAGUAUAGGUACCUUGUCUUGAAAAUUAAAUUACUCUAUGUAAGACAACAUUUUUCGAAGAUGUGUGUUAUUUGGUAUAAUAAUUAAGCAUAAGACAAAAUUAGGAAUAGAGAGGAUUUCUAGAAGAUUUAGAAGGUUAAGGAAUGCAAGCAUUAUUUAACAUUUAUAAUAAAAUCAUAAUAAUUAUAAUGAGUGUUCUAGAGGGAAAUGAUGAAAGAAUAUAGGAGGAUUUAUAAAAAAAAAUUGAUCCUAAAUUUCUGAUUGAAAUUAUCAAAUAAUAUCUUUAAAAUAAUAAUCCGAAAAUUGAAAGUAAAGAAGAUAUGGAAAAAGCACUUGAAGAAUAAUCACUAUAAAAAAAUGAAAAAUCAUAAGUAAAAUAAAGUGAGCAAGACAAAUUAAUUUUAAAGAAAAAUGAUAAUAUUGAAAAAAUUCUAAAUGUCUUGAUUAUUAAAGAAAAAAUUAAAUUUUAGAAUUUUUAAUUAGAUGAAAGAAGCAAUUAUAUAAAAGACAUUAUGAAAUUUUUAGAAACUAAAAUUCUAAGAAUAGAAAUAAUUUAUGAAAAUAAACCUUAAACUAUUUUAUAUCCAUCGCGUCCAUUGUUUACAUUUUUAUCAGAUGAAACAAGAGACAUUAUAAUGUAUAAUGUAAAUAGAGAUACCUAAAGAGAUAAAAUAAAUGGAUUGUUAGAAUACAGAAAUUAAAUAUAUCGAGAACUUUAAUAUAAUUACGAAUUAAGUAAAAGAGAAUUCUUACCAAUAACAUCAUAAAUUAUUUAAGUAUUAAGGUAUCUUUCGGCUUUUUUUUCAAUCUCAGUAAAUAUCUUAAUGAUUAUCUUUUAUAAUAUGGAGAUAUAUAACUUUUAAGUUCUUUUGAUAGCGGAAUUUCAUGAAUAAUUAAUAAUUAAUGUGCUUUCGUUUUGUUAAUUAUUUACUACUUUAAUUUACUAUAUUUGCUAUUUAAAUUAUAGAAUACCUAUAUGCGUUGAUAAAUUUAGACCUUUAGGCAAUAAUUUAUCAUGUGAUGAUUCAGAUAAUACAAAAAAUUAUGAAGAAUCAGAUGCUUCAGAUAAUGAAUAAAGUAAUGGAUUAAAUGAAAUUUAAGAAUCGGUAAAAUAAUUAGAUCAAAAUCAAAAAAAGAAUUCAUCAAAAAUUUAAUAAUUUUCUCACAUUUUAAGAUACUUCUUGGAUUCUUUAAAGAAACUUUGUUAAUAAAAUGAUGAUUUUAUAUCAAUAACUUUUUAUUUAGUGUUUUCAAUUCUUGGAACAUUUUAUAAAAGUUAUUUUUUCUCUUUACAUUUAUUUGAUUUAUUCAGUAGAUUAACUUUAUUGAAUAACGUUUUCUAAGCUAUAUCUCACAAUGCUAAAUAAUUAAUAGUCGUUUCUUUGUUGGGUGUUUUAUUUAUUUAUGUUUUUUCAUUUACAUCAUUUGAUCAAUAUGCAGAUGAUAUAUAUACAGAAAAGUAACCUGAAGAACAUUGUGAAACAUUGAUUUCAUGUAUGAUUACGCUAGUUACAAGUGGAGUUAUUGGAACUUCAAUGUCAAAAUGGGAUUUUGGAAAGUUUUGUUAUGAUACUUUGUAUUUUGUAUUUUUUGCUUUGCUUUUUACAAAUAUAGUGUCUGGUAUUAUGAUUGACACUUUUGCAGAAUUAAGAGAUUAGAGAUAAAAGAUUGAUGAUGAUAAAAAAAAUUGCUGUUUUAUUUGUGGAGUUAAAAGAGCACAUUUAGAAAAGAAUCUUGAAGAAUUUGAAUAACAUGUUAGAGAUAAACAUUUUUUAUGGAAUUAUAUCUAUUAUAUUUAUUGUCUAAAAUUAAAAGAAACUACUGAUUAUACUGGUUUAGAAUAUGCCAUCAGUGAAAUGAUCAAAAAAGAAAAUAUAUCAUGGUAUUUCUAAUCUUCAUUUUAGGUUUCCCAUUUAAUUUGAGUAAGAUGCAAAUCAAGAUAAAGAAAUGGAUAAUAUAAUAGCUUAACUUAAAGGAGAAAUUAAAGAAAAAAAUGAUAGAAUUGCUUAGUUAGAAUAAGAUGCCAAAAAUAAAUAAAAUUUAAUUAAUAAUAUUCUGUAAUCGUAAGUAGAAAAAGAGAUUCCUUCUAAACUAGACAAUAUAAAUUAAUUAAAUACAUAAGUGUUAUGA